AUGGAGAAGUUUAAUGUUGCUAGAGUCUUAUUGUUGCUUCUUCAACUUGGAACUUUGUUCAUUGCCCAUGCAUGUCCUUAUUGUCCAUAUCCUCCUUCCACCCCAAAACACCCAAAAUUGCCUCCUAAGGUAAAACCACCUUCUACACAACCUCCACAUGUAAAGCCACCUUCUACCCCUAAACACCCUAAAGAUCCUCCACAUGUGAAACCACCUUCUACUCCUAAACACCCUAAAGAUCCUCCACAUGUGAAACCACCUUCUACCCCUAAACACCCUAAACAACCACCAUAUGUGAAACCACCUACUACCCCUAAACACCCUAAAUACCCUCCACAUGUUAAACCACCUUCUACCCAUAAACACCCCCCACAAAAACCAUGCCCUCCUCCAUCUCAUCAUGGCCCUAAGCCACCAAUUGUAAAACCUCCACAUGUACCAAGACCUCCUAUAGUGCAUCCUCCUCCCAUUGUCUCUCCACCUUCCACCCCUAAACCACCAACAACACCACCAUUCACUCCAAAACCACCAUCACCAACACCACCUAUUAUUUCACCCCCUAUUGUUUAUCCACCAAUCACUCCAACACCACCUAUUGUCCAUCCACCAGUCACUCCAAAACCACCAUCACCAACACCCCCUAUUAUUUCACCCCCUAUUGUUUAUCCACCAAUCACUCCAACACCACCUAUUGUCCAUCCACCAAUCACUCCAAAACCACCAUCACCAACACCACCUAUUGUUUCACCCCCUAUUGUCUAUCCACCAAUCACACCAACACCACCUAUUGUGUCACCUCCAAUCAUUCCAACACCACCUAUUGUUUCUCCACCUUUUGUCCCCAAUCCUCCGGUGGUAAUACCACCACCCUACGUGCCAAGUCCUCCGGUUGUUACUCCACCCAUAGUUCCAACACCCCCUACACCAUGCCCACCGCCACCACCAGCACAACCAACUUGUCCCAUUGAUGCUCUCAAGCUAGGUGCUUGUGUGGACGUGUUAGGAGGACUAAUCCACAUUGGAAUCGGUGGAAGUGCUAAGCAAACAUGUUGUCCACUUCUAGGAGGACUUGUAGACUUGGAUGCAGCCAUUUGUCUUUGCACAACCAUUAGACUCAAACUCUUAAACAUAAACAUCAUUCUUCCCAUUGCUCUACAAGUUCUUAUUGAUGACUGUGGCAAGUAUCCACCCAAAGACUUCAAGUGUCCUUCAACCUAAAUCAAGGAUAUUAAACAGGACAUUUGAUUGAUUCUGCCGCACUGUCAUAGUUGAAGGCACAUUAAAUGUGUGAAAGUGCAAUUUCCAUUUAUCAUGGCAAUAAAUUGAGAAAAAAGGGAGGGAUAUUAAUUAAGCUUUGAUUUGACGUGUUUAAUUAGCUUUUGAUUAAUGUACUGAAUGUUGUAUUUUCAUUAUUGUUUUAGGGAAAUACUAAUGGUGUUUAAUAUAGUGGAGUAUUCCUGAUUUGAUUGUAUGAAGUAUGUAUGAACAUGAAUGAAUGAGGAAAGAAUCACGUAAUUUAUCAUGUGUU